ACUAUUUUCAUUGGACAACACGGAAGCGUACCCUAAACUCGAAACGAUGGACGCUUGUAAAGCAAAUGUGGCAGGAGUUGGCCUUAAACUCGGCGACAGGGUCCUACUGGUUUGGACACAGCCUUCAGACCCAGAAGUCUUGAGGACGAUGGCAGCUGACGUGCAGGCCUCUGUCGGCACCCAGGGAAAGGUGUCAGUGGAAAAUGCAGAAAGACUUCUUUUAUCUUCUCAUGUGGCGUCGUCUUUUGACUGGGUUCUCUCGUAUUCAGUGUCUGAUUCCUCCUUCAGUCACAGUGCAGAUGGCCUCUCAGAGAUGGCCCGAGUGCUUAGGCCUGGGGGAAAGCUGCUUCUAGAGGGGCCUAUGACAAGUUCAGAAAGGGAGAAGCUGGAGUCAGCUCUGAAAUUGUCUGGCUUUGUUUCAAUCACAGAGGUGAGUCCAGUGGAGCAGAGUGCUGCAGUUCAAAGUGCUCUUGGCACAAACCCACUGGGAAGGACAUGCUUGUCUGCCUCAAAACCCAACUUUGAGGUGGGCUCUUCAACCCAGAUAAGAUUGUCAUUUGGAAAGACAACAAAAAAGCCUGAGAAAGCAGCUCUGGAUUCCAACACUGUCAAGAUGUGGAUGCUGUCUGCCAAUGACAUGGCAGAUGAUGAAGUGGAUCUAUUAGAUUCUGAUGCUUUGCUGGAUGAAGAAGAUCUAAAGAAGCCAGAGCCAACAUUGCUCAAAGUGGCCACCUGUGGAGAAGGAACCAGCAAGAAGAAGAAGGCCUGCAAGAACUGCACAUGUGGACUGGCCGAGGAGCUAGACCAGGAAAGCAAGGGAAAACAAAGCAGUAAUCUACCAAAGUCUGCAUGCGGAAGUUGCUACCUCGGAGAUGCUUUUCGCUGCGCAAGCUGCCCAUAUUUGGGCAUGCCAGCUUUCAAACCAGGAGAGAAAAUCCUGCUGGAUAGUAAUAUUCUCACGGACGCUUAAGUAGUUUCCUCCAAACCUUACAUUCCUGUCUGUUUUUAAAUCUCUUGACUUUGUGAAAUAUCUAUCAAUAUGGCCAUUAAACAAUUAAGCACAUUAACUGUCUUUUUGAUUCAGCCUUAUACAUUUUGUCCUGGCAAUAUUGAUGAAUUUGCGAUUUAGCCAAAAGACAAAUUAUUUAUAAAAAGUAUUGUUAUGGAUAUAAAUUUCACUGACAUCGCUCUUUUUCAAAAUACUCAAAACUACUCUUACAGCUACCCCUGUUGACGGCUGCUAUAAAUCUAAACAUUUAAUAGUGCACAAAGUUAGGCUAAAGGUAUGAAGUAUUCCUCUACAAUGGUAAUAGGCAUAUGUUCAACUGAAAAUCCACUGGGAAACUACUUGGAUGUGGGUGGAGAGCCACUGGUAGACCCUUGAUGAAAUCAUAACCAUAUUAUAUUCCAGAUUAUACCCAGAUUACAACCAUAAAUAAUUUAUGUAAUUAAAGUACAAGUGACUCAUUUGUGCUAAGAAUAAGUCUACAUGCAAGUCAGAGGAACCGCAAUAGGAGCGGUGUACACACCAAACUAUGCCAGUCUAUACAUGGGACAUUUGGAUACCAUGAUGCAAACUCAUACAACAGACAAUAUUAAACUACAUAUAACAUAGUAUACUACAUAUAAAGUAGUAUAAAAUACAUAUGCACAGAUCAGCUUCUUUUUUUUUUUUUUUGAAGGUAUAGUCUGCAGACCUCCAACACUAAAAGACCAUCUGGCACUAGCCUUUACUUAAAAUGUCCUUAGUAGCAAGAAUUAACUGUGUCAAAAUGAAUGUUUUGCCUCGCUUUUUGUACUUAUUCCAUUGCAUUCCCCUUUUCCUGCACAGCUCUUCUCUCAGGUAGAAUCACUUGUGUCUGAAUUCCUUUCGGAUAAGAAAGUUUCUCAACUUUCUAAGCAAUACCUACAGAGACCUAAACUAUUGGGAGGAAUGGCUUUACCAAGUUUCAGGUAUUAUUACAGGGCCUCCAAUAUAAGACUUUUUAAAUAUUGCCUUCAAUCCAAAAUGGUUUUCCCUUUGGAUUGGUUAGUCAUGAAGUAUUUUGUAAAACUAGAGCCUC